AUGGCAUCUGGGGCAGCAAGAGCAACUAGUCGCGCCAACAGCUACGCCGACGAACGCAUACGCAAUUCUAUUCCUAAUGGAAGCUUCAGGAGUGAACGGCCAGAUCUCAGGACCUCCGAGGCUGCGCAUUCCGACGCACAGCACCCCGGCAUGGCUCAUAAGAGAUCCGCGUCGGGUAACCCGAGACCCGUGAACAGGUCAAUGUCUACCGAAGAACGAAGAUACGAGGAGAGGAGAGUUACGGAAAGGACAUUUGAGGCGCACCUCGAAAGAACGUUGAAAAGGAACCCUAGCCCGGAGAAACAGCAUCGACGAAGCGCGACGGGGGAGAGGAGAGAGGGAGAAGUCAGGAGACAGAAGUCGGUGGAGUUUCGGCCAAAGGACUCUGCUUCAGAUGCUUCGCAAGCUCCCUGGAACCCAGAGGUGACUCUGUUACCACACACAUCCGCCCCGCUGGCUUCUCGAAUAUCGAUCCCUCCCAUCGCCUCGACGGUGCCACAGGCGCCGCAACCAAAGCCUUGGAAUGAGUUGACACUGGAGGUACAAGAGGCCACGAUUGUGGAGGAUCUGCUGUUCGUCUUCAUGGGCUAUGAAGGACAAUACAUUCGGUUCGCCAAGGGAUACAAUCCCACCGAAGAGCGAGAUCGCCUCACUGGGCCAAAUUUUAAGAUAUUACCGGGGCUGGAUCCAAGCUUGGCGGAUUUGACUCGAUCUAUGCUCAACAUGGCGACGUAUUACUCGGCCCUGGAGGCAUUUGUUGACGUGCAAAGUCGAGUCGAGUUUGGUGCGGUGAACCACGCGCUUUGUGCAUCAAUACGAAAGUUCUUGCAGGACUAUCUCAUCAUGGUUGCACAGCUUGAGACGCAGUUCCUUACGAGCGACUCCUUUACGGUCCAUGUGCUGAAUGUUCAGACGAUAUCGACGUGUCAGAUGAUGCAUCAACUCUAUCUGCUGGCGCACGAGUUGCUAAAGAAGAACGGCAUACUUGACGAUGAGAGCGAAGAUGAGGACGACGACGACGAGAUUGAAAACCCGGAUGAAAUUAUUGCCCGCCUCAGAGAAGGAGGCGAGCUCAUACCAGGGAACAUGGCUAGCAAGAAAAUUUGCAAAGGCGGUGUUGUCCUGGGCUUGGUUACAAGACGACUCGAAAAGAUGUCUGGAGACCCUGCCGCUAGAGCGUUGCUCACUUCCCUGCUACGAGAUGCUAGCCGUCCAUACAUGGUUAUGCUCAAUGAAUGGUUACAUCAUGGCAGUAUCAACGACCCGCACUCCGAGUUUGUCAUCAAGGAACAAAAGAGCAUCAAUCGAGAGCGAUUGGAAGAAGAUUACACAGACGAAUACUGGGACAGAAGAUACACGAUCCGCGACAAGGAUGUCCCUCCACAACUCGAAGGCGUCAAGGAUAAGGUCCUGCUGGCAGGUAAAUAUCUCAACGUCGUACGUGAGUGCGGAGGCGCCGACGCGAGCAAGGUUGUCACCGACGUUCCCACGACAUUUGACGAUCCCCGAUUCUUGGAAAACGUCAAUAACGCAUAUGCCCACGCCAAUAAAUCGUUGAUGCAGCUGCUCCUGACGACGCACGCUCUUCCAGCUCGACUCCAGUCAUUAAAACACUACUUCUUCCUUGACCCAUCCGACUAUUUCUCCUACUUCCUCGAACUUGGCUCGUCGGAGCUGCGCAAACCCGUCAAGAGCGUCAACACGAGCAAAUUACAAUCUCUCCUGGAUCUCGUGCUCCGCCAACCAGGCAGUAUCGUGUCUUUAGAUCCAUUCAAAGAAGACGUCAAGGUCGAAAUGAACGAGGUCACCCUAAUCAAACAACUACAACGCGUCGUUGAAAUCAAGGGCAUCGAGCAAGGCGAAGUCCUCCAACCCGUCUCCAACCAACCCAUUGAAAACGACAAAAACGCAAGCGGCUUCACAUCCCUCCAGAUCGACUACUCCGUCCCCUUCCCAGUCUCCCUCGUCAUCAGCAGGAGGACAGUGUGGCGAUACCAAUCCCUCUUCCGCUACCUCUUGUCCCUCCGGUUCCUGGAGUCCCAACUAUCCACGACGUGGCAGACCCAAACCCGCGGCAUAAGCUGGGCGCACAAGGGCCAAAACCGCGCCCUCGAAAUUUGGAAACGCCGCGCAUGGACUCUUCGCGCCAGAAUGCUCGUCUUCGUACAGCAACUGCUGUACUUUUGCACAGCGGAAGUCAUUGAGCCCAACUGGACGAAGUUCAUGUCCCGGCUGAGCAACAAGGACGGAGACCCCACGAAACCAUCCGGACCGACUCGCACUGUCGACGAACUGAUGAAGGACCAUGUAGACUUUCUGGAUACCUGUCUCAAGGAGUGUAUGCUCACCAACAGCAAACUCCUACGGAUCCAUUCCAAGCUCAUGCAGACAUGCACCAUUUUCGCCGCCUACACAAACUAUCUCACGCGCGAGCUGGAGAAAUCCGACCCCGAUCUAACGGGUACUACGAAGCCUAAAACAAUGACGGCCGAUCAAUGGCGGCGCUUCCAGGCAACAAAGGCGUCGUCCCGCUCUCAGAGUGACUCGUCAGCACAGAAUGACCCCGAGGCUCUGGUGAAGAAUUUAUCGGAUAUUAUUAAGAAGUGGGAAAGUAACUUUAGCAGACACCUCCAGAUAUUCCUGGAUGUGCUGAACCACUAUGCUGCCACGGAGACGGUUGUCCUGUUGAGUCUUUGUGCGAGACUGAGCAAUGCGAAUCAGGGGACGGAGUUUGCGGGACGGGGACAAGAAGAAGAUGUUUGA